AUGGCUGCCGGCACGAAACGAGCACAGGCACCUGCUAAGACAUACGUGACAUUCUACCUCGUGCUGUACAACCUCCUUUCAUUUGUAUUAUGGCUUCGAGUCUUUUUGGGCGCGCUUCUCUUCCUUGCACAGGGAUCGCCCUCUCGUCGGGUGGUGAGUGGCUGGUUCGUGGAUAUCAUGUCACGAUAUGCACCCAACAUGCUUGCAGCGCCACCGCGCGACUACUCCUUGCACCACCCCAUCCUUGCCGAGUUGCUGAAGCGCGCAUCGUCCCUGCAUGACUAUGUCGCUCCGCUCCUCCUCUUCACUCAAUCGUUGGCUGUGCUGGAAGUAGUGCAUGUGGCCAUCGGCAUCGUCAAAUCGAACUUGGUUCUCACCACCGUGCAGGUCAUCUCCCGCCUUUUGAUUGUGUGGCUAGUCUCCGAAAAGUAUGCGGCCUCUGCGUACUCGCCCUUUUAUGCCACGCUCGUGCUGGCUUGGUCGCUCAGUGAGGUGGCGCGGUACCCCUUCUAUGUGAACCAGCUGCUCAACACGCCUUCUUUUAUGGCUCUAUGGGCGCGGUACUCUUUCUUUAUUGUGCUGUAUCCCAUUGGUGUCAUGAGUGAAGUCAUGCUGAUUUGGAACUCACUCCCCCAUGAUGCGCCAUGGCCAUGGCAGGAUGCAUCGGCGUGGAGUCUGCGGGACUUGGUCUUCCUCGGGACCCUUGUGCUGUAUCCUCCAGGUCUGUUUAUGCUCUACACCAAGCUCCUCGCGUCGCGUCGCAAGGUGCUCGGUACCGACUUUAUCGGAUCCAAGGGCCGCGAAGAGAUGCGCAAGUUGCAAAGCGCCAAGUACGAGCGUCUCCGCACAUUACAUGAGAAAAGCAAGUAA